AUGCACGAAACGUUCUCCCGACUGAUAAAUCGGCGCGACGAGGACAUGUUCUCUUUUUUUCAACCAGAUACACAGAUCCUGCUGGAAUACCAACCAGUCCAUCGGCACCCUUUAACCCCAAAAUCCCGUGACUGCUCCGCCACACCAAUCGAUAAAUCAUCGGAGGUGCUACCCGACCAACCACUGUCCGAACGCUCACUCUGUCCUUACCAUCACGUACUAAAUUAUGAUGAAAAAAGGAUACCUGCCGCUAUUUCUGAAGUUGAGUGUUCGUGUCAACAGGUGAAAAUUCAUGGUGGCACGAUUCACUGUGAACCAAUGAUGUACAAUAUGCGAGUGAUGGUGUUCGACGACGCCUGUGAUAAAUAUGUGGAACGAGUACAGAAGGUCGCCAUGGCAUGUGUUCCCGUGUUUUCGAACCACAUCAGCUCGGGAACACUACAACACAACAAGCCCACACAGCCAUCGACUCCAUUAUAA